AUGGCCUUCACUUUUCUUCGAAUAAUACUUCCUGGUUUUAUAGAUCAUUUUCUUUAUGAAGAGAAGAGCUUCUGGGGCCACUGCUAUGAAUGUAGCAGUGACCACCUUGACCUGCAGCCCUCUGUGAAAGAAAGCAAUUCCAUCCAGGUGAAAAAAGGCAGCUGGAUAAUUUACAAGAGCCUCAGUUACUCAGGACAUCAGUAUUUUUAAAAGGGAGGCUAUGUCCAUCUCCUUGAGAUCUCCUCCUUCAAUGUCUUAGGUGGCUCUUGGGUGUUGUAUGAAAUGCAUAACUUCAGGGCAGACAGUAUUUACUGAAACCUAGGGAAUACAGAGGUACCCUUGAUUGCAGUGCAGUAAAUGCCAAAAACUGUCUCUUUGCAGAGGCCAGCUGACUUGCACUCAGUUAUUGCUCACAUACUAAGUAAAUAGUGAAUGCAUUCCAAAAUUCUGGUUCAAACAAAUCUUUCUUCAGUACUACAAACAAAUUCAAGUUUUACAGUCCCAAGGGAAAUACUAUUUCUUUCACAUUUUAAGGGGAGAGGGGGGAUACUUUUAAAAAAUAUUCACAGUUAGCCAGCUGUUCCAUGGUACAUGAUAAGUUAAAUAACUGUUAAAGGUCUAACUGUAUAUUGCUAACCCUGGAGGAGGUGUUGGGAAAGGUAUGAUUCUUUCAUCUAAGUUUUCUCUAGUUUUACAAACUUUGAUUUAGCAAUAAAUUCCAGCUUUAUACUUACCAGAGAUAACAAAAUGCAGUUGGACCUUUAACAGUUAUUUAAAUUAUCAUGUACUGUGGAACAGAAAAUAAAUCCCAUUAAUAGUUAUAUCCAGUAAAUUACUGACUGAGGAAGAAAAGGACAGAAGUGUGCAGAGGAACUCACAACAUGGUGAACAUUGUAUUUGACAUCAAAUUCUUCAUGCAAACAAGCUGCUCCACCAAUGCUACCACCAAUCUAGCAAAGCUUUCUAGUCUUAUUCCAGAUGAUUCCUCAAAAGUUAAUUAUUCUAGAUCCUUAAAUCACACCACCUUUAUACAUAGCAUGUUUUAGUGAACCUGUGACUUCAUGAACUAGAUAUUUAGCUGAUGUCAAUCACCCUGCUUCUACUAACUUCAGAGCUGCACUGAUCUGUUGCAAUAGGAGAUUGAGCCAAAUCCCUCAAUUGCCAGGCUAUUCUGCAGGCAAAAAGAAUUAAAUAAGCAUACCGGUGUGGAUUAGAAACAGGACAACAUCUUGUGCUUGAAAACGUCUAUUGCAGAUUUAAUUAUCAUUCAAGUGAUUAUGUAUAUGCCUACUAUUCAUCACCAAAUCCUGUGCCAGCAGGCACCCUGUGCAGUUAUGAAUAAGAGCCAUAAUAAAAUAUAACAAAAUACAGGUAAGGGAUCUCACAUCUUAACAUACCUCUUCUAGGCAAAUAUACUAUUGUUCUUCAGCAAGGUUCUGGAGACUUUUGGAAAGAAAAAGCAGUGCAGAGAGCACAGAACUACUCGACUUUCUGCAAUCUUAUCUAGUAUAUGUUCACUUUAAAUCAUUUCAUCUGGGCUUUAAAUGGUAGGCUUUGAUUUUGUUUUGCCAAGUAAACAUUCUGAUAAUGGAGUCCUUGAAUAGAACCAAGCAACUUUUACAGCAGUGAGGUAGACUGCUUAAAACUCACAUCUCUGCUUGCUAAUGUCAGAGACCUCAUUUAGCCAUUAUUUCAAGCUCACAUGACCCAUCAGUUAUAGCCAGUUAGUGAUCCUCUCCAGCCUUUCCCUGACAACACUGGAGAGGAAAAUAGAACUAUUCUUUGACCUUCUCAUCCUUUCUUUUGUACGUGGGACACUAUCUCUACCCUCUCGCCUGUCCUUUACUGCAUGAAGUGGGCUGUCCAGCUGCUGCAGAGGUUUGGUGUACAUAAGAACACCAUGCUUUAGCCAGAGGGAAAUGGAACAUGAACAACUCAGGUCUCGGGACAGAGGUGUGAAAAAGCAUAUUUCCUCUUGCUCACAAAUUCCUAAUAUUGUGCAUUUAUAGGAACUGCAGAGUGUAAGCAAUAUGUGUGUUAGCAUCCUCAGGUUAGUGUGCUAACCCAGGUUUGCAAAAGAACACAGCAAUUCAGGUGCAGUAUCUACUUGUUUGCUUACAAAAGGGAACCAAAAUAUUUCAUUUGUCUUCAGCAGGAAUAAAAGAAAGAAAGAACAGACCAGUUCCCCAGACAGCAAUUAACACAUGCCUACAUACUGCAACAAAAUACCAAUUAGUGCAGUUGAGAACUAUGGCUAUGCAAUGAUGUGCAGAUUACAUGCUGGCAUUCCUGUGGUCAAAGGCAAGAAUGAACAAAAAUAACUAUUCAGAGAUCAAGGCUAUAGGUAGGAUGUCUGAAUUCUAGACUCUGCUGCAUCCUAGGGUUUGGGGGUGGCUAAACCUCUCAAAAUGUCUCCACCUGAGACAGAAAUGAUGGCAAUUCCUAGUUUUCGAGGACCACUGAGGGGCUAUUCUUGCUUUUGUUUGCAAAUGCUCAGAGAAUCUCAAGCAGACAUUAAGAACAAUGGUGCUAGAGGAGAGAAACAUGGGGAAUUCACAGAUAGUAUCCAAGUUUUCACUAACAAGUCUUCUAGCUUCCUGCAGCUUGCUUUACUGUUGGUAGCAGGCACUACAGUUGCUGGCAUGCAGGCUAUGUUUCUCUACACAAACACUGCUAUUUUCAGACUACUCCUGUGCUCGAGUUUUUCUGGGGUGCAAAAGCAGUCAAUCUGCAUGUAAAAGCAGCUGUCAUAACAGCAUACUGGUUGAGAACAGUUGGAACAGAUGUAAAUAACCAGACUUCUCAGACCAUGAACACCAUUUGUCUAAAAAGAUAUUUUAGCUCCAGAGUUUAAGAUCAACGACAGCCCUUCCUGCAUUGCACAGUUCAUCUGUGGCAUAGGGUCCUGGGAGGUGAAAGUCUACAGGAUUCAAGAAGAAGCUGGAUGGUUUCUUGGAAGACAAAUCCACUGAGAGUUAUUAACCAGAGAGAAGAAACCUCCUGAUCAGAAAACCUCUUGAGCUAAAAAGGCCUGGGGACUUGAAGUUUGAAGGAAAUAUCACAUAUAUUUGCUUCAUAUCUACCCUUCCCUCAGUGCCAACUCAUGGUUGCAGUUGCUGCCAAGUUUCUUGACUGCCUGGACUGCCCAUCUGGCCCGUGAUGGCUGCUCUGCCUUCGUAGCUACAAUAAGGAAUUCACAUAUCGCUGCCCCUACUCUGGUCUCUCAAGUUCUAAAUUUCAUUACCAGCCCAGUGUCCACAGUAUUAAACUAUGAAGGACCAUGUGGGAUUCAAAAGACAAGCUGGCUCCACAUGCAUGAUCAAGAUAGAACAAAGGAAGCACAAUCACAGAAGAACAAAAAAAAGUGUAACACUUCUGAGCCCAUCAAAGAUCUUUGAGAAAUGUAAGCACAGGCCUGCACAUACAAGUUGCUCCUGUAAGUGAAUUCAAUUUGCUUAGCAUUAACCAUCAGGAAGAAGUUAAUUUUGAUCCAAAGAAAGCAUACAGGUAUUCAGAAGAAACUGCUAGACUCAAAUUCACAGUCUUCCUUCAGUCUGCUUUCAGUGUUUCCUGGCUGAGGAAAUUUCCUGAGGAAGCACCUCCAGGAGAGAGACUGACAGGAGUGAUACCAUUUACAACACCCAUCAGAAGCACAACUAGAGCUGUGUAAAAACAAGAUAGCUAAAGAUUUGUCCCUGAGGAUUUGUAGCUUCAUGAAAUCACCAUACAAGACUCAUAGUGCAUUAAUUGUAUUAACUUUUAUUUUAAUAGUAUGUGUAUUAUUUCAUAUUUAUAUAUAAAAGCACUUCACCAGUCUUAUAAAGCCACUGUGGCUAUAAAAGGACAUUUAGUACUGAGACGAAAACCAAACUACAUCUCUCAUGCCCCAGUCACUGCUCUUACUUCAUUACAGGCAAAGUUGGUGACUAGACUACUGCAGGGGCAACCUGACACAUCCCAUUGUAGAGACACCACCAUGUGUUUGAGCCAAAAACAAAGGCAUAUUUGUCUCAUAAUAGAUUUUUUUUUUCUGAAUACUUCAGCCCAGAAUAGAUCUGAGCUUUUCCUUUCUAGACUCAUUCUCUGGAAGGAUUUUACUCAGAGGGGAGAGGUUGCCAAGAUGUGAAAUAUUUCAAUACUCAAACAAAAGACUAAGGAUUUGAGAUUUGGCCUAGGAAUAGCUUUGAUGCUGGAAUAUGUUCCUCCAAUGCUCAUGAAAAAUUAAGUUCUUGAGUACUGUAAGCUUUAUGUACAACUCAGUUUCCCUGUCCAGUAGGAGCUACAUAGACCACCACAGCAAGUUUCCAGAUACAUUCCAUCUGCAUAGGAUAAUGCAGCUAUUUUUUCACUGACAUGCAGUUCAGGGCUUCACUUAGCUAAGAUUUGUUCUGUGUCCAAA